UAGUGACUUAAAUUGGAUACAUUUGAAGGAUUAAAACAGUUUUUUCUUCUUGAAACCAAAGAGCACAUCACCUCGCCUCUUAACUGCAGCCACCAAAAAAGAUGAUUCAAUGAAAGUGAAAGAUGAAUACAGUGAAAGGGAUGAGAAUGUUUUAAAGCCAGAGCCCAUGGGAAAUGCAGAAGAGCCUGAAAUCCCUUACAGCUAUUCAAGAGAAUAUAAUGAAUAUGAAAACAUUAAGUUGGAAAGACAUGUUGUCUCGUAUGAUAGUAGCAGGCCAACCAGUGGCAAGAUGAACUGCGAUGUGUGUGGAUUAUCCUGCAUUAGCUUCAAUGUCUUAAUGGUUCAUAAGCGGAGCCAUACUGGUGAACGCCCAUUCCAGUGUAAUCAGUGUGGGGCAUCUUUUACUCAGAAAGGUAACCUCCUCCGCCACAUUAAACUGCACACAGGGGAAAAACCUUUUAAGUGUCACCUCUGCAACUACGCAUGCCAGAGAAGAGAUGCACUCACAGGUCAUCUUAGGACACAUUCUGUUGAGAAACCCUAUAAAUGUGAGUUUUGCGGAAGGAGUUACAAGCAGAGAAGUUCCCUUGAGGAGCACAAGGAACGCUGCCGUACAUUUCUUCAGAGCACUGACCUGGGUGAGACUGCAAGUGUGGAGGCAAGACACAUCAAAGCAGAGAUGGGAAGUGAAAGAGCUCUCGUUCUGGACAGAUUAGCAAGCAAUGUGGCAAAACGAAAAAGCUCAAUGCCUCAGAAAUUCAUUGGUGACAAGCGCCACUGCUUUGAUGUCAACUAUAAUCCCAGCUAUAUGUACGAGAAGGAGAGUGAGAUAAUACAGACCCGAAUGAUGGACCAAGCCAUCAAUAACGCCAUCAGCUAUCUCGGUGCCGAAGCCCUGCGCCCCUUAGUCCAGACACCACCUGCUCCCACAUCAGAGAUGGUGCCAGUUAUCAGCAGCAUGUAUCCCAUAGCCCUCACCCGUGCUGAGAUGCCGAAUGGUGCUCCCCAAGACCUGGAAAAGAAGAGCAUCCACCUGUCAGAGAAGGGCCUGCCUUCUGAAAGAGGCCUUUCCCCCAAUAAUAGUGGCCAUGACUCCACGGACACUGACAGCAACCAUGAAGAACGCCAGAAUCACACUUACCAGCAAAAUCACAUGGUCCCUCCUCGAGUCCGCAAUGGGAUGCCACUUCUGAAGGAGGUCCCCCGCUCUUAUGAACUCCUCAAGCCCCCACCCAUCUGCCCAAGAGACUCCAUCAAAGUGAUCAACAAAGAAGGAGAGGUGAUGGAUGUGUAUCGGUGUGACCACUGUCGAGUCCUCUUCCUGGAUUAUGUGAUGUUCACUAUUCACAUGGGUUGCCACGGCUUUCGUGACCCUUUUGAGUGUAACAUGUGUGGAUAUCGAAGCCAUGAUCGGUAUGAGUUCUCGUCUCACAUUGCCAGAGGAGAACACAGAGCCACACUGAAGUGAACAUCUGGUCCCAGAGAUGAUUUGCGCCUGAGCAUUGAACAUCAUUCUUAAAAACUGAUAAAUCACUCUCAAAAUAAACUCAGUUCCAAGCUCCUUUCCAUACCAUUUUUAGCAUCCAAAGGGUCAUAUUCACAUGGGCAACAGAGAAACGCUGAGUUCAUUCAGAAAUUGUUUGCAGAUAUGUCAUGUUACUACUUUUGUGAAACUUUUGUUUUCCCACCAAGGACUUGAAUUUUAUAUUUAAAAGCCAAUGAAGUAUUUAGUCAUUAUCUUUUGCAGCAACAGAGCAGGCCUUCCUUGGAGUUUGUUGUGAGUCAAAAGAAUCCCCUGGUUGUGCUGCAUGAGACAUUCUUUCUGAGAUUCAUCAGCCAUAUGUGGAAAAGCCUUUUGGUCAUAUGCCCAGGACCACAGAGAAGAAGAGCUGACCAGCUGACCUUGCUGGGAAGCCUUGCCUUUCUGCACUUAACACAGGCUGAAGGGUUAGGAUAUAAUCUCCCCAUUCCAAAUUAUAGUCUAUUAAUAAGGAAAAGAACAGCAAUAAGAUAAGUUAUCUGUUACCAAUAACUGAAGACCCCAGUCUCCGAGCAUCAGAUCCAUUUCUUAUCACACAAACCAAAAAAGAACAAGUCAUCUGAUGAUACUUCUGCUUCUACCCUUUACCCUCCCAUCUCCAAUUAAAAGCUGCUUUGGGCUAAACCAGUCGUCUAUAGGGGAAAUUCUAUACCAGGAGACCCAAUGGUUUUAAAUAUAGACUAUCAUUGAAACUCCAGGAAGUUGUCCACUGUGGUGACGGCAUCCAUUUCUUGUAAUCAAGACUGGCAGAACUGGGCUCUGAAGGGUGAAAUGCUUCAGCACCACCACCCGGGGGAAAAAAAAACCAGCUACCUGAAGUUCUUGGUCUCUUUCAUGGAGUAUCGGUGUACAGACCCAAAGCAAACUCGCCAAAGAUUUUUUUGACAAAAAAUACCAGAAAGUCCAAAAAGUGUGACUUAGUGUCCCCUUCCCCACAGGAGAGGAAUCAGGGACAGAUGCCAUGAGUGCUGUUUAGAUCAGAGCUGAACUUCAUGAUGGGGUGAGGAGGGGAGCACCUCUGCGGACGGGUUCUCCUCCAUCAGACAGGUUGGGGUUUUCCCCCCGGUUUUCAGUGGAGUUGCUGUGUCCCACAAAGAUUCCUGAAAGUCUAAUCUUGGUUCUGCAGAUGUAUCAGUCAUCUUACCGUGAGUUAUGGGACAUGCUAUCAAGGAAGAGCACUGUGAUAACUACAAAAUUAGCGCUGGAAUAGGGGUCACAAAAUCGGUUUGCUAAUUCCAUAUUUGCCACUAAUUAGUUGUAUGACUUUGGGCAGACCACUUAAUUCUUAAGACUAAGUUUCCUCAACCGUAAAAUAAGAGUUGAAUUCAGACAUUCUGUAAGGUCCCUUCCAGCUUUACAUUUAUGUGAUUAUGCAGUAACCACAGUUAACUUUUAAGCCUCUUAAUGUAUGGAUAUUAAGCAGAAGAGUAUGUAUAUGAAUUAUCUGUUUCACAUUUCUUUGGUGUGAAAAUGGUAGCUGUUGUUAAGUUUUUCCUUUAACCACUGAGUUGUGAAUGUGAAGAUGGUGGGGAGGAACAAAAAACAGGAAGGUAUUUUGAUCUUGCCCCAAAGUGUACACACAAACUGGCACCUGCAGCUGCUUGCCAAAGGCUUUUUUUUUUUUUUCCCCCCUUUUUAAGAACUUCUGUUAGGGAAAAUAAAUUCUGCUUCCAGGGACAACUUCAUGGAGCCUAUUUACAAAUUAAGAGUCAGCUUUGUGAACAUUUCUACCAGAGCCAAGAAUCCCAAAUUCCUAGCAGAUUAGUGUUUUAUGUAUCUGCCUUGAUAUUUCGAAAGGGCUCACGCAUUAGGUUCAAACUCAACUCGUUCAUGUGCUGCCAGUAAUUAAAAUGUUCCACCUCAGUCUGCACAAAUGGCUUAUCCUUCUUUGUAGCAUGGCGUCUGUCUCAGGAAAAAAGAUUUUGUGAAAUUCCAUGGCAACAGUCCCAACAUGUUUGAGAUUUCAGCUAAAAGACUAGCUGUAUUUCAGUGUGUAGUCUUCAGUGUAUCACUGUAUUUCCGUAAUCGUAGGCUCCAAGCCAUGCCAGGUUGCUUAUACCCAUUGUGAAAGAGGAGCUGCUUAUUAUAUUCUUAAAACAUCACACAUCCUGUUGACUCUUCAGCGGACAAAAGAAAGAGAAUUUGGAAGCAAGGACUAGUAGGAAAGAAAGCUAGGGAAACCAAGCAUUUCCACCAGAUUAGUGGGAAAGUCUGCUGAAGAGACCAACUUUUGCACCUUAAGGUAGUGAAACUAAGGACCAUCCCACUAACCUGGGGACUCUUUGUAGAUAUGACCCUCAUUUUCCCUGUGACUAAUAGAUUUUCUGAAUGAUUUCCAUUCUUCUGAGGUCAGUUUUCUGAGUGGGGUGACCACUCACAAAGGCUGCACUUUCAUUGUAGCAUUCUGAGUCUAGGUUGAGGCAUGUCAAGUCUAGAGAAAAUUUUUAUGUGGAAACUCCACAUUCUUAAAGUUGAACCGGGUGGUAUAUAGUGGUUACCACCUCAAAGGUAAACACUUCUGUAGGUACUCUUUAUACUAAUUAACGCCCUCCUCCCCCCACUUGCUGGGUGGGUGAAAGAGAAUCUUAGCAAGAUACCUAGAGAGAAGGGCGGGAUCAGGAUUCACAUCUGACCCUCUUGGAAACUGAAUUCGUGUAGCAGCUUCAGGCAGCACAUUUACUUUCUCAGCCAGAGUCCCUGUGAAUGUGAGCCUUGUAGGUCUUCUCUCCUUCAUUUCCCACCAACCCUCUUAUUAGGCAGGCCUACCACCACGUACCCAGGAGGCCACAAUUGGAGAAACAACCAAACCCAUGAAGAGUUCCUUGCAGCCAAGGUGACAGAAUCUGGGUGAGGGUAGAGAAGGAAGAGAACUGGCUCUCCAGGUGGUCCUUCUCACUGUUUGGAGUGUUGCGUAGGUAUUUUCUACUGGCCCAGAACUAAAUAGAAGUGUCUCCUCCAUGACCCCCGCCACCAGGAAAAAAAAAUAUUAAUAAACCCACCAGUGUUUAGAUUCCUUAAGUCAUUCUCCCAAAAAGAGAUCUGCCUUGACAUAGAUAAGCUAGCUAAUCUUAUACUAUGUUACCCAUUCUGAGCUUUUCCUGACAGCUUCUGACUUUGUCAGUGACAGAACUUAUUACCUUUUGAAUGCAGCUCUUAACAUUUUGCUAGCCCGUAAUCAUUAGGCCCAGAUAUAAAAUGACCCCAGAUUUCUCUUGGAAAGAGAAAUGUUUAAAAACACAAAAUUGUACUCAGUUGAAACACUGUGUUCUUAACAAAUCUCACAUCAACAUGAAGUUUUUCCAAACAGCCUCUGUGUCACUCUUCUUAUUCUCCAACUCUGCUUUAUACACCCCCUC